AAAAUGGAAAUGGAAAUGGUGCUGCUCGUAUUUUGGGAUUGGGAUUUGGAUUGCGAUUAUAAACUGAGCCUCCUCUCCCUCUCCCUUUUCUCCUUCCCUCGGACUCACACUCCACUUUGUAUUUGGUCUCUGCCUCUCUCCCUCUCUGCCUCUCUCCCUCUCUCCCUCUCUCCCUCUCUCCCUCUACCAAACCAAAACCAAAACCAAAACCCUUCUCUUUUUUCUGGUUUCAACCGCAUCCGAUUUCACAAGCGUCGGUGGUGGUUAAUCGAAUUGUAGAGUGAUCACAGUUUGCAUGGAUGGUGAUUUUCUGACAUGAUUGAUUGCUUCAUCACAGCUUCUCUCGAUGAAACAAACGGAUUCCGAAAUAUCAUCCAUGACCGCUGAUCCUAUCCACCUGCUUUGAUUUUCUUUAAUCUUGCUCUUGGAUGGUUCAAUUAUCCAUUUCUUCAACUCUCUCUUCGACGGUGAAAUUUCCAAAUUCAUAUAAUUUUUUGUCGUCUCAAGUAAACGCCUAGCUACUGAUUCUUCAGGCAAUCAUGAAUUACGUGUGUUUCAUGACUUGCUGCUACGGAGGUCUGAAGAUCCGCGCUACUCGUGAUCCUCACACGACUCCCAUGUGCUUCAGCAUCUCUUUGGAAAGAGUGGUAACUCAAAUGUUUGAAUUCUGGCUCCCCUUGGUAGGUACUUAGCAGUUAGUAGUAGCUUCUACAGACCACUUGUAUUCUUAAUUGAAGGAGAGAUUAAGACCACUUAUUAGUUGUAGUGGCAGCAUAGCAAGUUGGAAAUUUUUUUCUUCAUUGGAUUGGAAAUAGCAGCUCUAUCAAUUGAUGAGCUGAUCUGAUCCGGCUCCCUCGAAUCCUCGACAGCCCUGCCCAUUCUAGAAAAAAAAAAAAAAAAAAAACGAAAGAAAGAGACUAGAGUUAGGGUUAACCCUGUGAAAUUUAGAAAUGGGAUUGCCUCAAGUGCCCUCAACUGUAACUUCUGAGGAAGUGCUAGCUCCUUCUCCGGGCUCCUUUUUACAAAGCCCGCCUCGAUUUUCUAGUAUGAGCGCGUGUGAUAUGGAUGGGAUGCUUGGUGGCGGUGCAAGCCAAGUGGGAGGGAAUCCAUUAUGCUCCUCUUUAGGAGAUUACCAGACUAGAACCUCCCUAGAAUUUUCAAAGCUCCCAGAUGAUUCACUUAGAUUUAGAGGGACCGUGGACGUCACUAACAAUGUUCAUGGUUCUUCAAUAGUUUCUGUUGAUAAAGCUGAUCAGAUCACUGCAAGAAAUGGACGGAAUAUUCAGACCCCUGCUUCUAGGAUUGUAGGUUUUGAAUCGACCGGAACAAGUUCUCUAAAUGAUGAUUCGAGGGGUGUUUCAUGUGGUCCUGUUCACUCUUCUUCUGCAGUUAAUGUCACAACUAAUGAAACUGUGACCAGUGGGUCACUAGUCAGGAAGCGAUUGUUGUCCCCAUUGAAUACUAUGCUUUUUCCACACCAGUUUAAAGGUGAUCAUUUGGACAUUGGUUGCAGAACUUCUGGAACAAAUUAUCCUGCUAUGGGUGAUAAUUUUAGUACACCUAUUGCACAUGAUCAUAAGAAAGCAAAUGUUGGGAUCAAAGGUAGUUUUACCAGGCCAACUUGUUCUCUGUCUAGUUACUUGGAGCAGAAGAGCAUGCCAUUGCUACAUGAUGAUAGUAUUAUGGAAACCAGUUUUUUCACAGAUGGCCCUUUGCUGGAAAACAAGGAUCUUGUACCUCAAAAUAGUUAUCGAUCUUCACCUAGACAUGAUGAGUUGACAAAAUGGAGUAAUGCAAAAAUCCAAAGUGGGGAAAUAUCAAUAUCUCCGAAGGAAGUGAUCUCACCUUUCCAUUCUUUGUCACCUCUUGGCCCCAGGUUGUCUGAAAGAUUGAAAAUUGCAGGGGGCUGCAGGACUACCGACAAAGAGUUGGAGGAUUGUCAUUCAACCUUAAGGAAUGUAAAACAAACACUUUACAAGUCUGAUGCAGACAUUCCCUUUUCCCCUGAAGUAGGGGAGUUUAGGAUUGCUAGUAAACUAUUUGAAGAUGUUGAUAUUUUUCACAGGGAAUUCCUUCCAUCUUCUCUAGAGAACAGUACUGGCGUAAGUUAUUCUUUGUCCCACGCCCACGGGUCAGCUCCCAACUCCCAUUGCAUGAGGUUUGUUAGAAGUUUGAGUGGCCUUUCUGUUCAGAGAUCCUUGGUUGGUUCAUUCGAAGAGUCUCUACUGUCUGGUCGGUUCAUAUCAGGCAAACCCAGUCAGAGAAUAGAUGGUUUUCUGGCUGUGCUGAGCAUCACUGGGGGAAACUUUUCUCCGCAAUCACAGAAGCUUCCUUUUUCAGUAACUAGUGUAGAAGGUGAUUGCUAUUUAUUGUAUUGCGCAUCCAUACAUCUUUCGGGAAAUUCUGCAUUGAAUAGGAGUGGAGGACAAAAGAUUAAACAAGGCCUUAGCAAUGAUGGUUCACAGAUUGUCACAAGCCGCCUGCGUAUUCCUGUGAAGGGCCGUAUACAACUGGUUCUAAGCAAUCCUGAGAAGACACCUAUUCAUACGUUUCUUUGCAACUAUGAUUUAAGUGACAUGCCAGCUGGUAGCAAAACUUUCUUACGCCAGAAGGUCACCUUAGCAUGCAGCCCAAAUUCUCCCCUGUCAAGACAAGGGAAGACUGAUUUGAACUCAAAAGUGAUAGAGGCGAAGGAAGUAGAGAAUACAGCCGGAGUACACAUUGUACAUACAACAAGAUCUGUAGAUCAGAAAACUGAAAUUAGAAGUGAAGGCUCUAAUUUUGUGGAUUCCAUAGAUGAGGGGGAUAUGUCCAAGGUAUCCCCUAAAACGGGAAGGGUGUCCAUUCCUUCGUUCCUAGUUGAGAAGAGCUUCAACAAUGAGGAGUACCGAAGCAGCAACGGAAAGGAGCGCAAGUGUGUUGAUGCAUGCUAUGGAACCGACAGGAAACAUGUACAUGGCUGUUCAAGGGUUAACCAAAGCAGUAAUGGUGCUCUUCGCUAUGCUCUUCAUCUCCGUUUCAUAUGCCCUUUUCCUAAAAAAAGUUCUCGGUCAGUCCAGAGGUGCAAAUCAGAUCCCCUAUCAACACCACAAAGAACAGGCUUAGACAUGGAUGGGGAGCGCAGGUUCUACCUGUACAAUGACUUGAGGGUGGUGUUCCCUCAACGCCACUCAGACGCUGACGAGGGAAAGUUGAAUGUGGAAUACCAUUUCCCGGAUGAUCCAAAGUACUUCGACAUCAACUGAAACGUCCAAGUUGUUUUUGUUUACUGUAUUCCUCCGUGUACAUAUUCUCACAUAUACAUAUAUAGUUGGUCAUUUCAUCUCAAAUGACACUAACCCUGUUCUACCUUUGUGCAAAUUAAUAAAAACUGAAUUGGGUCAAUA